ACACGCUGCUCACAUUCCCAAGUCUUUACUCUUCAACAACUGUCUGAGUUCUCCACUAGGGUUAGGGUUUAACCGAGGAUCUCUCUAGGGUUAGGGUUUUCACUACCAUGGACGCCACCAAGAAGAGGAAGAUGGACGAAAACGGCCUCGUAUCCACCGACGGCGACUCCCUCACCAAGCUUGCUCCCGAAGACGCCCGCAAAAUAAUCGAGCCCUUCGGUCACGAUCAACUUCUCGAGAUCCUCCAGAACGCCGCCGUCCGCCACCUCGACGUCCUCGACGCCAUCCGAUCUAUCGCCGACCGCGACCUCACCCAGCGCAAGUUGUUCAUCCGCGGCCUCGGCUGGGACACCACCACUGAAGGGCUUCGCCAGCUCUUUUCUGCCUACGGCGAGCUCGAAGAGGCCGUGGUGAUUCUCGAUAAGGUCACGGCAAAGAGUAAGGGUUACGGGUUUGUGACGUUCAAGCACGUGGAUGGGGCUUUGCUGGCUUUGAAGGAGCCCAGCAAGAAAAUUGAUGGGAGGAUGACGGUUACGCAGCUUGCGGCUUCCGGGUUGUCGGGUCCGGCCUCGAACGCGUCGGCGGUGGAUGUGUCCAUGCGGAAGAUUUAUGUGGCGAACGUGCCGGUGGAUAUGCCAGCGGAUAGGCUGUUGGCGCACUUUUCGUCCUAUGGGGAAAUUGAGGAGGGGCCGUUAGGGUUUGAUAAGCAGACAGGGAAGUCGAGGGGCUUCGCUCUUUUUGUGUACAAGACUGCUGAGGCGGCGCAGGCCGCUUUAGUCGAUCCAACGAAGAUGAUCGAUGGGAGGCAACUGGUUUGCAAAUUGGCGAUAGAGGGGAAGAAGGGGAAGACCGGAGGUCCUGCUCAGGCGCCAACUGGGGUUCCUGGAGAAGCGGGACACGGUGACGGGCUUGGAGUGCCACCGCAGGGGUCUAUGCCCGGUUCUCUUGGUUCGCAGUAUCCUGGUGGGCCAGGUGGGAUUUCUGCGUAUGGUGGGUUUUCCGGUGGCCCUCCACCGUUGGGUCAUCACCAUCCUUUGAACUCAUCCUUGCCAUCAUCGCUCGGUGGUGGGCCGGGGUUGUCAAGUCAGGUUCCAUCAUCUUUGGGUGGCAGUGCUGGGUAUGGUGCUGGGUUGGGUGGUCCUUAUGGUUCUGCCCACUAUGGAGGGCCCAAUUCAGCAGGCUAUAGCGGGUUGGGCGGAGCUGGAGGAUUGGGAGGUGCUGCUGGGGCAUUAGGAGUGGCUGGUGGUGCACUGGGCGUUGCUGGAGGUGGGUCUUCAUUGUAUAGGUUGCCACCGAGUACUGUUGGAAUGCCUUCAGGUGGGUAUCCUGAUAGUGGGCACUAUAGCCUGUCAUCUUCCUCGGCCUAUCCUAGCCAGAUCCAUCAGCCAGCAGGGACGUCUCCGGUGCCUAGGGUUCCACCAGGGGGAAUGUACCCAAGCGGCCCCCCUUACUAUUGAGGACAAGAAGCAAGAAAGGUUUGGCGGGCAGCUCCUCUUUGCUUAUUUUGGACGAUUUGGAAGGAAAGAAAUAUGAUAGUUUUUGAUAAUGAGGUCCUGUUGGUUCAAAGAUUGAAAAAUUCCUUUAUUUGUAAUCUCUUUUCUUGGGCUAAAUCUUCUAUAGUUGUGGGCCCCUUAACUUUGUUUAACUUUGUGGACUGGUUGGGUUCUUGUUGAGGGCUGGUGAGUGCUUGUCCCUUUUGUUUCCUGUUUUUAGAUGACGCUUGUAUACUCCCUAUAUGCUCUGGGUCGCCUUUCAAGCACCCUUUGUCUAAUUUAUCCUUGUGCGUUUAUCUAUAAAAAAAAAAAUAGGAUUCUUUUAAGGAAAAAAAAAUUUUGAAUAUGAUUUUUCUUAGGAACUGAAAAAUAGUUAAAAGAUGUAUGUAUUGUUUUGUAUCAUGCAUCAUAUCAUGUAUCAUUUAUGUAUCUUAAGGUUAAGAUAUGCUAGAUUUUAUUAAUUAUGUUGUGCAUAAUAAGUUCUUAACAACUAUGCCCCUUGUAUUUAUUUUCUUUCCUUUUGUGUAAUUUCCUUUAUUUGCCCUUCUUCCUUUACCUUUCAAUUUCCAUUUAAAAUACAAUCCAGUUUUAAACACCUUUCUUGCUUUGUAAAAUCUAAUAUGAAAUCUGCCAAGGGCUCUGUACAUGAGAAUCGACUAUUCAUAAUGCUAUGGAUGUUUGUGUGCUUAUCAAGGAAAAAAAAGAAGAUAAUGGUAUAGAUGUUGAUGGGCGAUGUGGUGGAAUAUUUGGUAUGGUCUUUGGUGGUUUUGCUUUCCUUUUGGCUUCUUGAUGCAUAUUUGAUUAUGCUCCCUGUUCUGGUUUGUCCAUUUUUCUAGAUGUGCCUAAAUUCAUAGGGUCAUGAGGUUUGGAGUUUUUUUAGUGGGUGUUUUUGUUUCAUUGAAAAGAUUCCAUGAGUUUGUACCUUGUAUUUGUACCAGUGAUGAUUCUGUGGGAAAUUUGGAUUGUGCAGAAAUGGUGUUAUUGCCUGUCCUACACUUCUGUUCCCUUUUGGUUGCCUUGUCCAGACUUUUGUUUCUGAUUUAUUAUGAAGUUGAGUGUGUAUGAAAACUGUUGAAUUCCCAAAAUGUAGUGGCUUUGUUAUUGAAUGACCUGUUGUAUCCCUAGUACUCAAGAUUAGUGUGCCAGAAGCUCAAUGUCUUGUAGGAGACUGUUCUGUAGGUUAAGAAGGCCAGACUGUUCUGCUUCCUCUCCUUAAAGUCCCUUGUCAAAUAGGCCAAACCUUGCAUCUAUUAGUAUGACCAUUUGUGUAUUCUUGGAUCAAUCUGGGUUACCUUUUUCAUUCAAGUGACUGUUUAGGUUCAUGUGACAUUGAUCAUCAGUUUUAGUUGUUUCCUUCUUAUUCUAAGUAAUUGUGUUUUCACGUUGAUUCGGAUUAAUGUUAAUAUUCCUCCUCUCAUCAAUUGUUCAAAUUUCUGUGAAUUUUGUGCCGGAAAACCUCUGGUGUCUUGUCUCUGAGUCCGCUGGGCAUGACAGAACAAUGAUGUGAACAUGUGUUCAUAUGUGAAUUAUUUCACAUACUAACAUUUGCAGAAAUUCAAACCGGUCCCCCCAGCAAUUGCAGUUCAAAUUGGUUCUGAGUUUUCUGAAAUGUGUAGGCAGAUAAUAUUUUACUGCAUUUUGGAAAAACCCAUGACAUGGAGGAAACCUUUGUAUGUAACUUUACUUUUUUUUUUUUUUGGUUUUUAAUUUAAGUCCAUUUUUUGUGACCUA